AUGCUUACAGAUAUGAUUGAGGUGGAAGAAUUCGAAAUCAAGGAGGAAGAACCUUGGUAUGACAAGCAGGACCUUGAGCGUGGUAAAUAUGAUUCUAUCCAUAAUGAUGACCGAGACUGGGAAAGCGCGGGUCCACCUGUGCUGUGAUUAUCAGUGGCCGGCAGCAACAACCUAGCAGUGGCCACAAUUUGACAUAGCGUAAGGCAAAAUUAUUUUCAAGCAGGUGCUGAAACAAUGAGCUCUUGGUGCACCGCCUUUUUCAUAUGGCAGGUGUCAUGUCACUAUCAAAUGUAGUAGCCUACAGGCUACCGGACACAUUUGGUAGCCUACUGCGGCAGAACACUGUCGGACUUCAGACAAAUAUAUGAAGGUUGUCUCACGCAGAAUUUCCAUCACACCCGAGGGUAGCAUUCCACCGCCAUGGAUGAAGGAACCAACCAUUUGAAAAAAUGAAUCCUUUGUCUUAGUUUUUCUACUCAUUUUCAUCUCUGCAUAUUAAGGUUUUAUUUCACUAAUUUAUAUUGUUCAAGAUCUAUCAUUGACCAUCUAUUGAUGAAUGCUGGAAUAUAAAUAUAAGGAAAUGGGGAAAUAGCUCUAGAAACAUCUAUUCAGUUUUCAUGCUCAUAAACUCGCCCCAUUACAAAUCUUGUAAAUGAGAGACUGUCUCACAACGCAUGAAUUAGGCCAGAGUGAUGAAGGUAGAUUUUUUUUGUACCUUUCUGAUUGUAAAUGCCCUGACUUGGGUCAAAUAGCCUACAUAUCUCCAAUAUAUUUGUGGUGUGCUUGAUUUAUCUAUUUUGGGACUAUGUUCUAUUGUAGGCUAUUGUUGGCAAACUACUGUAAAUGAAGGGUAGCACAAGUAACAUGUAUUUGACCCACCAACACAGGUAGGAUGUCUGCAAGAUAGAUGCAUGUACCUGACCUUGAGCAUUGAGGCACAGACACAGCCAUAGAUGCACUGUGCACUCUGCCACCUCUUGUCGCACUAAUGGCCACGUCUUUGCCCAAGCCUUUAUUUAAUUAGUGACAGACAGUGAUCAUUUAUAGAUCCUAUUCUCUGAUCUCUCUUUCCUCCCAUGCAGACCUGCACCUGGCUGCUGAGCUGGGGAAGACCCUGCUGGACAGGAACAGAGAGCUGGAGCAGGGUCUGCAGCAGAUGUACUCCACCAAUCAGGAACAGCUACAGGAGAUAGAGGUAAAGGUUAAACCAAUCAGGUUGUAGCUACAAGGGUAGAGGUAACUGGGUUUGACCAAUCAGGAGUCAGCAGGCAGACACAGUCCCAAACCAUAGCUAUAGGCAUUUCCCGUAGUGUGCAUGUUUUUGUUCCAGCCCAGUACAAGCACACAUUAUCCAGGUAAUCAAGCACUAGUUGACACACCUGAGGCCUGUCCGUUAGGCUACAAUCUGUUCCUGUUGAAAACAAGAGAUGUUGAAAACAAGAGAAACUGCCCUCAGAUUUGUGCUCCUUUAAUUCCUUAAUCAAAUCAGUGUUCCAGAUUCAUAAAAGGCAGGCUACCAUUAACUCCCUUUGAAGCAGAAAUGAGAGGAUUGAACCCUGAUGGAUUGAUUACUUGAUCUCUCGGCUGCACCUGUUGUUUACCAUAGGUCCAUGUAGGGUAGGACCCUAGAAACACAAAGGUUACAGAAUAGAAUGGGUACUUUAAAAUGCAGACAUUUAAUCAGAAAUGGUUUUGUCAAGACGAGGCUACAAAAUCUAUAUUCCAAUUGUUGUCUUUGUUUUUCAAUACUAUAAAUCCCCAGGUAAUAAUUGUUUACACUAUACUGUUUUGUUUUUGUGUGUACAGGAUUACAUCAACACCAUUAUCAAACAGUAGUGGACCAAUUGGGAUCUCUUACUCCUUUGAAAACAGCAUACCCCAUUGCUUUUCACCUUGUUCAGUGACGUUUCAGAGGACUAGGAAAGAUAGGCUGCCCAUAUCAGUUGUCCUCUUUUUUCGGACAUACCUUUGAACCAACAUUGCCGCCAUUGUAUUGUUGUGACUCAAAAUAACUUUAGAUUAAAUAACCUCUCCAUGCUAGAGAAUCUAUUUAACCAAUUGAGUUUGUAUUUAAAUAUCACAUUCAGUCUUGGUGUUUUUUUUGUAUCACUACUGAAUCUAUAUUGUAUGGUCAGCAAAUGCCACUCAUUUCCAGAUGAGCUCUGGAUUUAAUUUCCCUGAGUAGGGUCAGCUCUGGAUGUGCGACUCCUAAAUCCUUCCCUGUCUCUGAAACUGCUGACUGACAGAAUUAAUCUCUCUAAAGGUGCCAUCCAUUUCAUGACCUGACUGCAUGUAGAAAUGGCACAGGAGGAAGCUGAUGCUGUGAAUUAUGUUAUCUUGCCUAUGUUAUUUUACACUAUAGAUAACCGCCACCAUUUUUCAUAACUUAGUCUUUUGAAUUCUGCAUCAUUAAAUUAUCUAAGUGAAUAGCAUUGCAAGAUAAUGUACAGCUCCUAUGGACUGUAGAAGUAUUUGUUUUAUUGCUAGGAUUUAUGUUUUUAGUAGGUGUUUUGUGGCUGAUCAGGAUCUUAAUGAGCUGACUAAAGGUUCACAGCAUUCUCCAUAGAUAUUGAAUUGUUAAGUUAAAGUAAAGAUGCCUUAAUAGAAAAUUACUCAAGUAUAAGUGAAAGUCACCCAGUAAAAUACUACUUGAGUAAAAUUCUAAAAGUAUCUACACUGAACAAAAAUAUAAACGCAACAUGUAAAGUGUUGGUUGCAUGAGCUGAAAUAAAAAGAUCCCAGAAAUUGUCCAUACGCACAAAACAAUUAUUUCUCUCAUUUUGUGCACAAAAUUGUUUACAUACCUGUUAGUGAGCAUUUCUCAGUUGACAAGACAAUCCAUCCACCUGACAGGUGUGGCAUAACAAGAAGCUGAUUAAACCGCAUGACCAUUACACAGGUGGACCUUGUGCUGGGUACAAUAAAAGGCCACUCUAAAAUGUGCAGUUUUGUCACACGACACAAUGCCACAGAUGUCUCAAGUUUUGAGUGAGUGUGCAAUUGUCAUACUGACUGCAGGAAUGUCCACCAGAGCUGUUGCCAGAGAAUUGAAUGGUCAUUUCUCUACCAUAAGCCGCCUCCAACAUCGUUUUAGAGAAUUUGGCAGUAUGUCCAACCGGCCUCGCAACUGCAGACCACGUGCAUUGCGUUGUGUGGGCGAGCGGUUUGCUGAUGUCAAUGUUGUGAACAGAGUGUCCCAUGGUGGCAUUGGGGUUAUGGUAUGGGCAGGCAGGCAUAAGCUACGGACAACGAACCCAUUUUAUUGAUGGCAAUUUUAAUGCACAGAGAUACCGUGACGAGAUCCUGAGGCCCAUUGUCGUGCCAUUCAUCUGCCGCCAUCGCCUGCACGGCCCCAUGUCGCAAGGAUCUGUACACAAUUCCUGGAAGCUGAAAAUGUCCCAGUUCUUCCAUGGCCUGCAUACUCACCAGAAAUGUCACCCAUUGAGCAGCUUUGGGAUGCUCUGGAUCGACGUGUACACCAAUAUCCAGUAAUUUCACACAGCCAUUGAAGAGGAGUGGGACAACAUUCCACAGGCCACAAUCACCAGCCUGAUCAACUCUAUGCAAAGGAGAUGUGUCGCGCUGCAUGAGGAAAAUGGUGGUCACACCAGAUACUGACUGGUUUUCUGAUCCAUGCCCCUACCUUUUUUAAGGUAUCUGUGACCAACCGAUGCAUAUCUGUAUUCCCAGUCGUGAAAUCCAUAGAUUAGGGCCUAAUUAAUUUAUUUCAAUUGACCGAUUUUCCUUAUAUGAACUGUAACUCAGUAAAAUCUUUGAAAUUGUUGCAUUUAUAUUUUUGUUCAGUAUAGUUUAAAAUGUUAUGGUGGAAAAGUACUCAAUUGUCAUACUUGAGUAAAAGUAAAAAGUAAAUGCUAUACAUUAAAUUCCUUAUAUUAAGCAAACCAGAUGGCACAAUUAAUUAAUUUAUUAUUUAUUUACGGACAGCCAGGGGCACACCAACACUCGGUAUCAUUUAUAAACGCAGUAUUUGUGUUUAGUGAGUCUCCCAGAUCAGAGCAGUAGGGAUAACAACGCGUAAUAUAUUGAUAGGUGCGUGAAUUGGGCCAUAUUGCUGACCUGCCUGAGCAUUCGAAAUGUAACCAGUACUUUUGAGUGUCAGGGAAAAUGUAUGGAAGUAAAAAGUACAUAUUUUCUUUAGGAAAGUAGUGGAGUAAAUGUUGUCAAAAAUAUAAAUAGUAAAGUACAGACACCCCCAAAAACGACUUAAGUAGUACUUUAAAGUAUUUCUACUUAAUUACUUUACACCACUGUGUAAUCUGGAUUCAAAUAAGAAAUUAAUUGUGAAGUUGAAGGUGGCCGGUUAUGUGAUGAUACUGAGUCCUGGUUCUCUCCUCCUCCAUCCCCCUCCCUCCAGUACCUGACUAAGCAGGUGGACCUCCUGAGGCAGGUGAAUGACCAGCAUGCUAAGGUGUACGAGCAGCUAGACCAGUCCUCCAGAGAGCAGGAGCAGAGCAACACCCGCCUGGUACAGGACAACAGGGCCGCCCAGCACAAGAUCCAGGGGUGGGUUGAAACCUGAGGCUGCGUCCCACCCUCUUCACCCUUCUCGCACACUUUCUCACAUUGAUCUAACAAUGGUGGAAACUCCCUCCAGCCAAUGCUUAAACCAAUCCUAUGCAUCUAAAUCAAUAAUUUCUCCAGAGAAUAGAGAUGGAAUGGUGAACGACUUGAGUUGGUGAGAGGAGAGCUAAAUAUGAGGGCAAAAGCAACAUGAUUAGUUGGUCUUUCUUCAGGCUCACAGAGAUGAUCGAGGCUCUGCAGACCCAGGUGGAGGAUCUGCAACGUCAGGUAGAAGAUCUGAAGACAGCCCCUGCUAAUCCCCAUUGGAAACCCCUUGCAGAGUCAUGGCGGCCCUAUGGGGCGCAGAGUGUGUCCUGCCUGAAUGAGCUGCAACGCACACACAGGUGAGAUCACAACACUCAUACAUGAAAUACACACACUCGGUGGUCCCAUUCUGUGAGCUUGUGUUGGCCUUCCACUUCGCGGCUGAGACGUUUUUUCCCCCUAGAUGUGUCCACUUCACAAUAACAGCACUUACAGUUGACUGGGGAAGCUCUAGCAGGGCAGAAAUUUGACAAACUGACUUGUUGGAAAGGUGGCAUCCUAUGACGGUGCCACGUUGAAAGUCACUGAGCUCUUCAGUAGGGGCCAUUCUACUGCCAAUGUUUGUCUAUGGAGAUUGCAUGCCUGUGUGCUUGAUUUGAUACACCUGUCAGCAACGGGUGUGGCUGAAAUAGCCAAAUCCACUAAUUUGAAGGGGUGUCCACAUACUGUUGGCCAUGUAGUGUAUAUAGAUCAGUCGGGUCUGCAUGGGGUUAAAUGGACAUGGCACAAUAAGGUCAGAUUCAUCAAAUGGAAAAUGUAUUAUUAUUUUUUUAAUGGGGGUAGAUCAGCUUUAAUAUUGCAGAUAGAUUGUAACUUCCAUCAAUGUAAUUGUCUGCAUCACUUUCAAUCCCCCAUAUGUUUUUUUCCCUUGCAUAUAUAUAUAUAUAUAUAUAUAUAUAUAUAUAUAUAUAUAUAUAUAUAUAUAUAUAUAUAUAUAUAUAUAUAUAUAUAUAUAUAUAUAUAUACACAGUGGGGGAAAAAAGUAUUUAGUCAGCCACCAAUUGUGCAAGUUCUCCCACUUAAAAAGAUGAGAGAGGCCUGUAAUUUUCAUCAUAGGUACACGUCAACUAUGACAGACAAAUUGAGAAAAAAAAUCCAGAAAAUCACAUUGUAGGAUUUUUUAUGAAUUUAUUUGCAAAUUAUGGUGGAAAAUAAGUAUUUGGUCACCUACAAACAAGCAAGAUUUCUGGCUCUCACAGACCUGUAACUUCUUCUUUAAGAGGCUCCUCUGUCCUCCACUCGUUACCUGUAUUAAUGGCACCUGUUUGAACUUGUUAUCAGUAUAAAAGACACCUGUCCACAACCUCAAACAGUCACACUCCAAACUCCACUAUGGCCAAGACCAAAGAGCUGUCAAAGGACACCAGAAACAAAACUGUAGACCUGCACCAGGCUGGGAAGACUGAAUCUGCAAUAAGUAAGCAGCUUGGUUUGAAGAAAUCAACUGUGGGAGCAAUUAUUAGGAAAUGGAAGACAUACAAGACCACUGAUAAUCUCCCUCGAUCUGGGGCUCCACGCAAGAUCUCACCCCGUGGGGUCAAAAUGAUCACAAGAACGGUGAGCAAAAAUCCCAGAACCACACGGAGGGACCUAGUGAAUGACCUGCAGAGAGCUGGGACCAAAGUAACAAAGCCUACCAUCAGUAACACACUACGCCGCCAGGGACUCAAAUCCUGCAGUUCCAGACGUGUCCCCCUGCUUAAGCCAGUACAUGUCCAGGCCCGUCUGAAGUUUGCUAGAGUGCAUUUGGAUGAUCCAGAAGAGGAUUGGGAGAAUGUCAUAUGGUCAGAUGAAACCAAAAUAACUUUUUGGUAAAAACUCAACUCGUCGUGUUUGGAGAACAAAGAAUGCUGAGUUGCAUCCAAAGAACACCAUACCUACUGUGAAGCAUGGGGGUGGAAACAUCAUGCUUUGGGGCUGUUUUUCUGCAAAGGGACCAGGAUGACUGAUCCGUGUAAAGGAAAGAAUGAAUGGGGCCAUGUAUCGUGAGAUUUUGAGUGAAAACCUCCUUCCAUCAGCAAGGGCAUUGAAGAUGAAACGUGGCUGGGUCUUUCAGCAUGACAAUGAUCCCAAACACACCGCCCGGGCAACGAAGGAGUGGCUUCGUAAGAAGCAUUUUAAGGUCCUGGAGUGGCCUAGCCAGUCUCCAGAUCUCAACCCCAUAGAAAAUCUUUGGAGGGAGUUGAAAGUCCGUGUUGCCCAGCGACAGCCCCAAAACAUCACUGCUCUAGAGGAGAUCUGCAUGGAGGAAUGGGCCAAAAUACCAGCAACUGUGUGAAAACCUUGUGAAGACUUACAGAAAACGUUUGACCUGUGUCAUUGCCAACAAAGGGUAUAUAACAUUUUGUUAUUGACCAAAUACUUAUUUUCCACCAUAAUUUGUAAAUAAAUUCAUAAAAAAUCCUACAAUGUGAUUUUCUGGAUUUUUCUUUCUAAUUUUGUCUGUCAUAGUUGACGUGUACCUAUAAUGAAAAUUACAGGCCUCUCUCAUCUUUUUAAGUGGGAGAACUUGCAACAUACAGUUGAAGUCGGAAGUUUACAUACAAUUUUCACAAUUCCUGACAUUUAAUCCUAGUAAAAAUUCCCUGUCUUAGGUCAGUUAGGAUCAACACUUUAUUUUAAGAAUGUGAAAUGUCAGAAUAAUAGUAGAGAGAAUGAUUUCUUUCAGCUUUUAUUUCUUUCAUCACAUUCCCAGUGGGUCAGAAGUUUACAUACACUCAAUUAGUAUUUGGUAGCAUUGCCUUUAAAUUGUUUAACUUGGGUCAAAGGUUUGGGUAGCCUUCCACAAGCUUCCCACAAUAAGUUGGGGGAAUUUUGACCCAUUCCUCCUUACAGAGCUGGUGUAACUGAGUCAGGUUUGUAGGCCUCCUUGCUCGCACACGCUUUUUCAGUUCUGCCCACAAAUGUUCUAUAGGAUUGAGGUCAGGGCUUUGUGAUGACCACAACAAUACCUUGACUUUGUUGUCCUUAAGCCAUUUUGCCACAACUUUGGAAGUAUGCUUGGGGUCAUGGUCCAUUUGGAAGACCCAUUUGCGACCAAGCUUUAACUUCCUGACUGAUGUCUUGAGAUGUUGCUUCAAUAUAUCCACAUAAUUUUCCUUCCUCAUGAUGCAAUCUAUUUUGUGAAGUGCACCAGUCCCUCCUGCAGCAAAGCACCCCCACAGCAUGAUGCUGCCACCCCCGUACUUCACAGUUGGGAUGGUGUUCUUUGGCUUGCAAGCCUACCCGUUUUUCCUCCAAACAUAACGAUGGUCAUUAUGGCCAAACAGUUGUAUUUUUGUUUCAUCAGACCAGAGGACAUUUCUCCAAAAAGUAUGAUCUUUGUCCCCCUGUGCAGUUGCAAACCGUAGUCUGGCUUUUUUUAUGGCGGUUUUGGAGCAGUGGCUUCUUCCUUGCUGAGCGGCCUUUCAGGUUAUGUCGAUAUAGGACUCUGGAUAUAGAUACUUUUGUACCUGUUUCCUCCAGCAUCUUCACAAGGUCCUUUGCUGUUGUUCUGGGAUAAAUUUGCACUUUUCGCACCAAAGUACGUUCAUCUCUAGGAGACAGAACGUGUCUCCUUCCUGAACAGUAUGACGGCUGCAUGGUCCCAUGGUGUUUAUACUUAUAAUAAUAAUAAUAAUAUGCCAUUUAGCAGACGCUUUUAUCCAAAGCGACUUACAGUCAUGUGUGCAUACAUUUUCAUGUAUGGGUGGUCCCGGGGAUCGAACCCACUACCCUGGCGUUACAAGCGCCAUGCUCUACCAAUUGAGCUACAGAGGACCACUUGCGUACUAUUGUUUGUACAGAUGAACGUGGUACCUUCAAGCGUUUGGAAAUUGCUCCCAAGGAUGAACCAGACUUGUGGAGGUCUACCAUUUUUUUUCUGAGGUAUUGGCUGAUUUCUUUUGAUUUUCCCAUGAUGUCAAGCAAAGAGGAACUGAGUUUGAAGGUAGGCCUUGAAAUACAUCCACAGGUACAACUCCAACUGACUCAAAUGAUGUCAAUUAGCCUAUCAGAAGCUUCUAAAGCCAUGACAUCAUUUUCAGGAAUGUUUAAAGCUGUUUAAAGGCACAGUCAACUUUGUGUAUGUAAACUUCUGACCCACUGGAAUUGUGAUACAGUGAAUUAUAAGUGAAAUAAUCUGUCUGUAAACAAUUGUUGGAAAAAUUACUUGUGUCAUGCACAAAGUAGAUGUCCUAACCGACUUGCCAAAACAAUAGUUUGUUAACAAGAAAUUUGUGGAGUGGUUGAAAAACGGGUUUUAAUGACUCCAACCUAAGUGUAUGUAAACGUCCGACUUCAACUGUAUAUCACCCACAAUUGCUGAUGCUCCAGAUACUCAACUAGUCUCAAGAAGGCCAGUUUUAUUGCUUCUUUAAUCAGCACAACAGUUUUCAGCUGUGCUAACAUAAUUGCAAAAGGGUUUUCUAAUGAUCAAUGAGCCUUUUUAAAAUGAUAAACUUAGAUUAGCAAACACAACGUGCCAUUGGAACACAGGACUGAUGGUUGCUGAUAAUGGGCGCUGUACGCCUAUGUAGAUAUUCCAUAAAAAAUCAGCCGUUUCCAGGUACAAUAGCCAUUUACAACAUUAACAAUGUCUACACUGUAUUUCUGAUCAAUUUGAUGUUAUUUUAAUAGACAAAAUAAUUGCUUUUCUUUCAAAAACAACGACAUUUCUAAGUGACCCAAAACUUUUGAACAGUAGUGUAUAUACAUACAUACAUACAUAUACAGUGAGGGGAAAAAAGUAUUAGAUCCCCUGCUGAUUUUGUACGUUUGCCCACUGACAGAAAUUAUCAGUCUAUAAUUUUAAUGGUAGGUAUAAUUGAACAGUGAGACAGAAUAACAACAAAAAAAUCCAGAAAAACGCAUGUAAAAAAUGUUAUAAAUUGAUUUGCAUUUUAAUUAGGGAAAUAAGUAUUUGACCCCCUCUCAAUCAGAAAGAUUUCUGGCUCCCAGGUGUCUUUUAUACAGGUAACGAGCUGAGAUUAGGAGCACACUCUUAAAGGGAGUGCUCCUAAUCUCAGUUUGUUACCUGUAUAAAAGACACCUGUCCACAGAAGCAAUCAAUCAAUCACAUUCCAAACUCUCCACCAUGGCCAAGACCAAAGAGCUCUCCAAGGAUGUCAGGGACAAGAUUGUAGACCUACACAAGGCUGGAAUGGGCUACAAGACCAUCGCCAAGCAGCUUGGUGAGAAGGUGACAACAGUUGGUGCGAUUAUUCGCAAAUGGAAGAAACACAAAAGAACUAUCAAUCUCCCUCGGCCUGGGGCUCCAUGCAAGAUCUCACCUCGUGGAGUUGCAAUGAUCAUGAGAACGGUGAGGAAUCAGCCCAGAACUACAUGGGAGGAUCUUGUCAAUGAUCUCAAGGCAGCUGGGACCAUAGUCACCAAGAAAACAAUUGGUAACACACUACGCCGUGAAGGACUGAAAUCCUGCAGCGCCCGCAAGGUCCCCCUGCUCAAGAAAGCACAUAUACAGGCCCGUCUGAAGUUUGCCAAUGAACAUCUGAAUGAUUCAGAGGAGAACUGGGUGAAAGUGUUGUGGUCAGAUGAGACCAAAAUCGAGCUCUUUGGCAUCAACUCAACUCGCCGUGUUUGGAGGAGGAGGAAUGCUGCCUAUGACCCCAAGAACACCAUCCCCACUGUCAAACAUGGAGGUGGAAACAUUAUGCUUUGGGGGUGUUUUUCUGCUAAGGGGACAGGACAACUUCACCGCAUCAAAGGGACGAUGGACGGGGCCAUGUACCGUCAAAUCUUGGGUGAGAACCUCCUUCCCUCAGCCAGGGCAUUGAAAAUGGGUCGUGGAUGGGUAUUCCAGCAUGACAAUGACCCAAAACACACGGCCAAGGCAACAAAGGUGUGGCUCAAGAAGAAGCACAUUAAGGUCCUGGAGUGGCCAGUCUCCAGACCUUAAUCCCAUAGAAAAUCUGUGGAGGGAGCUGAAGGUUCGAGUUGCCAAAUGUCAGCCUCGAAACCUUAAUGACUUGGAGAAGAUCUGCAAAGAGGAGUGGAACAAAAUCCCUCCUGAGAUGUGUGCAAACCUGGUGGCCAACUACAAGAAACGUCUGACCUCUGUGAUUGCCACCAAGGGUUUUGCCACCAAGUACUAAGUAAUGUUUUGCAGAGGGGUCAAAUACUUAUUUCCCUCAUUAAAAUACAAAUCAAUUUAUAACAUUUUUGACAUGCGUUUUUCUGGAUUUUUUUGUUGUUAUUCUGUCUCUCACUGUUCAAAUAAACCUACCAUUAAAAUUAUACACUGAUCAUGUCUUUGUCAGUGGGCAAACGUACAAAAUCAGCAGGGGAUCAAAUACUUUUUUCCCUCAUUGUACACAUACAUACAUAUAAAUACAUAUAUAAAUACAUAUACAUAUCCUUUUAAAAAAUAUAUUUCCCUUUAUUACUUUCCAACCCCACCACCCCUUCCCUAAUUGGAGUAAACUAGUGAACAACAACGCUAAAGCCUCUACUUCCAGCUUAUACAUACUAUAUACAUUUUAUGGACACAGUCAAUUUUACAAUAAUUAUAUUUUGUUUGUUUUUACUCCUGAACUUCCUCUACCCUCAACCUCUCCGAUCAUUUUCAUGAUGUCCAUCCGGUUUGCUUCUAUAUGCCAUGUCUUUCUAACUGUGCUCUUUCACAAAAGCUCUCAACCUAUAACCUAUAUACUUAUUAUGGACACGGUAUGCUUUACAUUAGUUAUCUUCUUGUUAUUAGUCCCAUCCUUCAGCUCCAUUCAACACCUCCCAUCUAUCUCUUAACACCAUCCAUAUUGGAUUUAUAUUUGCCAUAUAUUUUUCAACUGUACUGUGAUGUUUCACCAAAGUUCUGAACCCUUCUAUUCUCAUUGUUUCUACAGAUUGUAAAUUGAAAAUAAACAUUUUUGCUAAAAGUAUUAUUAUAUUAUUGAUCGAUUGACUAUGACUUUUCAGAUCACCCAGUAGUGCUAUCUGCAGGGUUAGCUCCCGGUAAAUAUUGCAAUCCUACAAAUGGACAGUACCAAAACAAAUGAUCUAAUGAUUCUGUCUCUUCGCAGCAAAAUCUGCAGAUCUGGGAAGAUUGUAUCCCCCAUAUAAAUAACAUUCUAUUGGUAGCAAUAAUUUUGUAUAAUAAUUUAAAUUGAAAGAUUCUAAGUUUUGAAUCCGGCGUCGUUUUCAUAUCAGUUCAUAAACACUAUGCCAUGGAAUCGGUACGUCAAAAAUAUUUUGCAAUCUAUAUGGGACGGCUGUCAAUCCUUUGGUCCUUAAAUAAAAAAGUAUACCAGUUUCAUUUAUCACAAUUUUCUUUAACCAAUUAUGUUAUUUAAUGCAGGGCCAACAGACAAGUUCCUUAAUUUUUCCCCCUUCCACUUUCCUCUUCCAUUUUUGCGGUAAUGCUGCAAUUAUUUGGUUGUAAUUUUGGGUAGAGCAGACAUUUCCAUAUGUUUUUGUUAGCUGCAUGUGCGACAUAACUCCACCAGUCCUACCUAUGAUAUAAUUUACGAAGAUUAUACCUCUUUUAAACAUAAAAAAAAAAAUGGUUUUUUAUCAAUUAGUAUAUUUGAGUUUAACGACAAUAUUUGUUGCAUUAUUUGUUCUGUCAUUUCUGGAGGAUUAAAUUGAAAUUGCAUCCACAACUUUCUAUGGCUUGUUUAAAAAAAUAGUGAUAUUUGAGAGAUGAUUUCCUUUUCAAACAACUGAAAGUGAGAGGUUGUAAUCUGAAUAAAGGGAAAAAGGCCAUUCUUGAACAUGGGGUGAGACAAUCUUACUAAUAUGCUAGACUGAAGCUUUUAGUGAUAGGUCUAAUACUUUAAUAUUUAAUAAUUUCUGUCCUCCGAAUUCAUAUUCAUUAUAUAAAUAGGCCCGUUUAAUUUUGUCUGGCUUGCAGUUCCCGUAUUAACAUUUUAUGCAUUUACAGCUGAAUAGCUUGUGCAUUAAUAAUUGUAUUUAAGCUGCAGGUAGAAAAGGUUUUGCGAUAAUACUUAGAGAAGACGUAGCGCCACUGAAGUUGCCAUUAGUUAGUUCUAUUCUAGAUGGUCUAAGGCCCUAAACCCUACUUUAGAUUUUGUUCAUUCAAUACCACAAGUCCCUCUUGGCCCUGACCUAGCAGUGCGGUUUGGCUCUCUCUCUCUGUUACCUCUCUCGCCGUACACUACGGCUGUUGAAGGGGACUAGUGGCUACUGCUAGCCCUCUUCCUGCCCUCUGAGGCCAUAGCAGUUCAGACUGUGUUAUCGUGUUUGGACUGGGCUCCUCUCUUAAUCCAGGCCAAAACUCAUAGGUCACUGAUAAACACACAUGCCAAACAGAUUAUAGUAUUCUCUCCCUACUGACCUCACUGAGCACUGGUCACAGUUGUCACGCAAAGGUACAACUGUGACCAGGAUUUGAUUUUGAUAGUCACAAGGCCACUCAUCUCUGCCUUCAAUAAAGAUCACUCCCUGAUUAGUCUUAUUGGCAGCUUAUCAGUAACUUUAUAACACUAAUUAGGUGUGUAAGUGCUGGUCUGGACUGGAACAAAAAUUGUUUCCCAUCCUUUUUAUAAGUUUAAUUGGUUGGAUUCUCUCUGACCCCUCCAAGGUACUCGAGUUACGACUCUGGAGAGCAAUCGGAUGACCCCUGGUCUCCCUCUGACGUCUCGUGGCGGGAGGAGGAGCAGGAGUCGCUUCGGCGAUCGCUCCGCUCCCUACAGACCCAGCUGGCCAAUGAACGUGCUCGGAGGGAGGGGGCAGAGCGAGAUGCAGACCACCUAGCCAAUGAGAAUGUGGCACUGGAGCAGCGCCUGGGAAUGAUGGAGGGGUGUCAGGUGAGGAAGAGAAGCAACACACACACACACACAGAAUCAUUUGAAGCAAAUACAAUCUGUUUGCUCCUCCUAUGUAGUGAAAUGGUUAAGUCAAGAGUUCCAUGUUACAUUACUGAAUCCUGUCUCUCUCUUUCUCUCUUCCCCCUUCUCUCUCUAUCUAACUCCCCUAUCGGUCCUCUCUCUCUGUCCAGGCCAGACUAGCGGAGCUGGAGUGUGAGGCUGAGGAGCUUCGUCAGCUUUGGAGAGCCGACUAUGGCACCAAAGCUUUGAGGUCAAGGGUCAGCCUAACCAUGCUGCCCAAUGCCCUCUUCUUCCCCCUGAACCAGGAGAGGGGGACGGAGGCGGAUGGAGAGAGCGAGGGAGACCUUAUGGAGGUCAGCUACCUUUCCAAGGUGAAAGGUUGUGGCGUCCUAAAGCACUGCAACAGCGAGAAGCAGCUUAGGUCAACGAGGGGUGAGGGGUCAGACGUAGACGAGAGUCAUGACCACGAGCGUUCGUGCGUCCGCCGUUCAGAGGUGGUGAAGCAGCGUGGGAUCUCCCUCCUCAACGAGGUUGACGCUCAGUACAGCGCCCUGCAGAUCAAAUAUGACGCACUGCUGCAGCGCUGCCACCAGGGGGAGCCGGACCCGAGCCAGCAGCACAGACAAAAGGAGGUCAAAAAGCCCAGCGGAGACCCCUUGGUCUGCCCACGAAGCCCAGCCUCCCUCCGCCAGGUUGCAGGCACAGACAUGGAGGGCCUGGAGGAUGAACUUCACCAGCCUGAGUACAAGGCCCUGUUCAAGGAGAUCUUUAUGUGCAUCCAGAAAACCAAAGAGGACCUGAUUGAGAACAGGGGUCAAUCUUGGCAGCUGCACUAG